GCCGUCAAAGCGCUCAUCAUGGGCAGCAUCAUAGUGGCCGCGGUGCUCGGCAACGCGCUCGUCAUCAUCAGCGUUAUCCGCCACCGCAAGCUGCGCAUCAUCACCAACUACUACGUCGUCUCGCUGGCGCUCGCCGACCUACUGGUCGCACUGUGCGCCAUGACUUUCAACGCCAGCGUCGAGCUCACGGGCGGCACCUGGCUCUUCGGCUACUUCAUGUGCGACGUGUGGAACUCGCUCGACGUCUACUUCUCGACGGCGUCGAUCCUCCACCUGUGCUGCAUCAGCGUGGACCGCUACUACGCCAUCGUGCGCCCGCUCGAGUACCCGGUCACGAUGACGCAGCGCACCGUCGGCCUGAUGCUGGCCAACGUGUGGCUGCUGCCGGCGCUCAUCUCCUUCACGCCCAUCUUCCUCGGCUGGUACACCACCCCGGAGCACCAGGACUUCCGCCGGUCCAACCCGGACGUGUGCAUCUUCGUGGUGAACCGCGCCUACGCCAUAAUCUCCUCCAGCGUGUCGUUCUGGGUGCCCGCGGUGGUGAUGGUGACCAUGUACUACCGCAUCUACAAGGAGGCGGUGCGGCAGCGCAAGGCGUUGUCGCGCACCUCUAGCAACAUCCUGCUGAACAGCAUCCACGCGCACCGCACCAGCCACCGCAGCCGCGCCCAACAGCAGCAGCAGCACCUACUGCACCCCAGCGACGGAGACGUCCAGCCGCCCAGCAGCAGGCAGUCCUCUGCUGGCUCGCAGAAAGCGCUCGCACCUGCCGAGAUCAACCUUAACGAGGCACUCGUCACGUUAGGAGACGCAGCAAGAAAUACGAAGGUCAGUCUGGUGAUGCGCGCCGCCUCGUUUCAGAGCCUGGCGCGAUCAUUUGGCUCCCGUAGGCCGGACAGCGGAGGUUACACGAGUGAGCGGGACUGCGGCGACCUACAGCUUGCUGCCCGGCCACAGCGCAUGCGCCGAUCAGCGAAUUAG